UUCACAUUUGCAUUAGUGUUUAUUGGUAAGCCCUUAACAUCCUUUGUUAUUUUAUUAUUAAUUUAUUUAUGUUGUUGUCCUAUAAAUUGUUACAAAAAUCACAAAUAAAAACAUACAGAUCCAACAAUUCAAAGCAGAUUAAAAAAAAAAAAUGAAUGUUAUUGAAGUUGAAGUAAUCUCAAAUGAGAUUAUCAAACCCUCAUCCCCAACCCCAGAUCAUCUUCGCCAUUAUGAGCUAUCCUUCCUUGAUCAAACAUCACCCAAAAGCUACAACCCUUUUGUCUAUUUCUACGACUUAAAUGGUGAUGAUGGUAAUAGCAUAGAUGAAAUAUCAAACAAGAUUAAGAAAUCUUUAUCGGAGGUCUUAACCGUUUACUACCCUCUAGCCGGACGAGUUAAGAACGACCGAUUCGUUGACUGCAACGAUGAGGGAGUUCUCUACACAGUAGCCCGAGUCAACCCACCCUGCCAUGUUUCCGAGGCUAUGAAGAAUUUCCGCCCUAGUGAUCUCAGCGAGCUCCUUCCAUUCAAAACCCACCAACUCACUGAAUACGCCGUCGGAGUCCAACUCAACAUCUUCGAAGGCGGCGGCAUCGCCGUUGGCUUAUGUGUUUUGCAUCAAAUCACCGACGCAUUAUCAUGCCUCAUGUUCGUCAAAGCCUGGGUUGACAUUUCUCGCGGCGAAGCAGAUACCAUAGCGCGUCCGGAAUUCGUCUCCGCCACGCUCUUCCCCCCCAAGGAGGAUCCAGGGUUCGACGGAGGUGCAAAUAUCAGUACAGCGAUCGUGACAAAGAGAUUUGUGUUCGACGCGUCGGCGAUUGAGGCCAUCAGGGCAAAGAACAAAAACGAAGAAAUGACAAACUCAGUGGAAGAGUAUCAGAGACCGGCUUCUCGGGUUGAGACUUUAUCUGCUUUCAUAUGGAGCCAUCUAGUUGCUGCAACCAGCGAAGAGUGUUCUUCCGAUUCCGAGAAUGCUUACGCGGCGAUUCACGCUGUGAAUCUUCGUCGGAAACUCGAUCCUCCGCUGCCGGAAGAGUCAUUCGGAAACCUAAGCAGGUGUUCCAUCGUAAUGUUUAAUGGGGAAGAGGAGUAUUGCUGCGGUUAUGGCGAGAUGGUGAGAAGAGUGAGAGAAGGGAUAAGAAAUAUAGACAUGGAGUAUUUGAGUAAAGUGAUGAAAGAAGGAGAUGUGAACUUGAAUUUCUUACGAGCAUAUGCAAGAAAAAUAUUCAUGAAUGGAGGAAUGUUCAAUUCAUUCAUUUUCACUAGUCUCUGUAGGUUUCCACUGUAUGAAGCUGACUUUGGUUGGGGUGAGCCUGCUUGGGUUAGCUCAGCUGCGAUGUGUGUUAAUAAUGUGGUUGUUCUUAUGGACACUAAAACUGGUAAUGGAGUAGAAGUUUAUAUUUCUUUGAAGGAGGAGCACAUGGUUAAGCUUGAAGCCAACCACGAGUUUCCUAAAGCCACUAAUUAAGUUUGGCGAUGACCUCAACCGUGAACUUAAUUUGUCACUAUAUGGACACUCAACUACUCUCGGCCAAGUGGAUAAUCCAAAGUUUGUCUAUAUGCAUCAUAUUAUAAGUUUGAUCAGUUCCCACCUCCAAAAUGAAUUUAUUUUUCUUCCUCAAUUUCAGUAUGUAAAUUUGUUUCCGUCAAUGAUGUAUGAUGUUUUAUAAUCAUUUAUGAUUUUCAAA